AUGGAGAAGAAGGAAGUUCAAUCGUUCGAUGGUAGCGCCGGGGUGGACGCGGACCGACUCAUGAAGGAGCUGGGACAGUUCAGACUCUUCCAUUUGUUCAACUACGUCCUGCUGUUCAUACCGGUGUAUGUGGCUGCGCUGUAUGCAACAAACUACGUGUUCCUAGCCGCUGACGUGCCUUACAGAUGCCUGAUCCCCGAGUGCGAGCUGUCCAACAGUACAGAGUUCAAGCCGUCUUGGGUAGAAGGUGCCUUGCCAGCAGAGUCGGGCCGCCAGCAGCGAUGCUAUCGAAGAACUCUAUCUGACCAGAGCAGCCCGGAUGACCACGGCGGGUGCCUGCAGGAGAUGUUCUCGGACCAGCUACAACCCUGCGAGCAAUGGCUGUACGCCAGCAGAGACACUAUAGUUUCUGAGUUUAACCUCGCAUGUCAGGAGUGGAAGCGCACCCUGGUGGGCACGGUGCACAACAUCGGAAUGCUGGUCUCCUUGCCCAUCCUCGGAUACAUCUCUGAUAGAUGGGGUCGCAAACGAGCGUUGGUGCUGAGCUGCACGCUGGUGGGUGCCAUCGGUUCACUGAAGGCGUUCUCCAUCUCCUACGAAAUGUACAUCAUCAUUGAAUUCCUGGAGACUGUCGCGGGAGCGAGCGCCUUCCCUGCUGCAUACAUUUUGACUAUCGAGUUGUUGGGACAGGACAAAAGAGUUCUCACCACAGCAUUCCAGGGCAUCAUGCUUGUACUCGGCGGUCUUAGCUUCGCCCUCCUCGCCAAAACAUUCAGUUACUGGAGAACUUUCAUCAUGGUGGUAUACCCUCCUUCCUUGCUGUUCCUACUCUACAUUUACCUGUUGCCAGAAAGUAUCAGAUGGCUCUUAUCCAAGGGAAGGAAAGAGGAGGCAGUGGAAAUAAUAAUGAAAGCAGCAAAAAUGAACAAAGUGACCCUAUCAGAAGAAACUAUGAAACAGCUAACGGAGGAAAAGACGAAACCGAUAGACGAGAAAAAGAAUCCCGAGGAGGAAUCGGGGCUGUGGAUGCAAGUACUGAGAUCGCCGAUAAUAAUGACUCGGUUAGCGAUCUGCUCCUGGUGGUGGAUUACUUGUACGUUUGUCUUCUACGGACUGGCUAUCAACUCUGUGUCCUUGGCUGGUGACAAAUACACAAACUAUAUGCUGGUCGUGAGUGUGGAGGUUAUAGCAGUGGUCACCAACGCUCUGGUGCUGGACAGGAUUGGGAGAAAGAGGACGCUGCUGUCAGCCUACACCGUCUGCGGGAUCGCGUGCAUAGCUAUCGCAUUUGUGCCAAAAACGUUAUCAUGGCUAUCGACGCUGCUGUACCUGCUGGGCAAAAUCGCGAUUACGCAGGCGUUCAGCGGCGUGUACAUGUACACGUCGGAGCUGUUCCCCACGCACGCAAGACACUCGCUCCUGGGCUUCUGCUCCAUGGUGGGACGCAUCGGGUCUAUUGUCGCACCGCAGAUGCCGCUUCUGGCCAUCUACGUAGAGUGGCUGCCCUCAGUACUGUUCGGCAGUGCAGCCCUAGUAGCGGGUGGGUUGAUGCUGACAACCCCGGAGACCCUCAACACCCGCCUGCCAGACACCAUCAAGGAAGCCGAACAAAUAGCACACCAGAAGAAACCCACCGAAAACAUACAAAUGAAUACCACAAACCAAACUGCGAGUUAA